AAGCCCUCUGGUUGGCGUGGCCGGGACACGCCUCCCGGAGCGGAACAAAACGGCGCGCAGGCCGGGCGCACCCAACCGCCGCCUGGAGAGCGCUGCCCGCCCGCCUGGUGACCCAGACGCCAGCUGAGCCCUCCGCCCGGUGACCCAGCCGCCAGUUUCAGGAUGCCGAACUGGGGAGGAGGCAAGAAAUGUGGGGUGUGCCAGAAGACGGUUUACUUUGCCGAGGAGGUCCAGUGCGAAGGCAGCAGCUUCCACAAGUCCUGCUUCCUGUGCAUGGUCUGCAAGAAGAAUCUGGACAGCACCACCGUGGCGGUGCACGGUGAGGAAAUCUACUGCAAGUCCUGCUACGGCAAGAAGUACGGGCCCAAGGGCUACGGCUACGGACAGGGCGCCGGCACGCUGAGCACCGACAAGGGCGAGUCGCUGGGCAUCAAGCAGGAGGAGGCCCCCGGCCACAGGCCCACCACCAACCCCAACGCCUCCAAGUUUGCCCAGAAGAUCGGGGGCUCCGAGCGCUGCCCCCGAUGCACCCAGGCCGUCUAUGCUGCCGAGAAGGUGAUCGGUGCUGGGAAGUCCUGGCAUAAGUCCUGCUUCCGCUGUGCCAAGUGCGGCAAAGGCCUCGAGUCGACCACCCUGGCCGACAAGGAUGGCGAGAUUUACUGCAAAGGAUGCUAUGCUAAGAACUUCGGACCCAAAGGCUUUGGCUUUGGGCAGGGGGCUGGGGCGCUGGUCCACUCGGAGUGAGGCUGCGCCCCGCCACACCAGCUCGAUCCUGUGCUUCUCAUCGCCGCUCCCUUCCCGGCAGCCUCGGCCACCUCCAGGAUUCCCCCUCCCUCUCAGCCCUGCCACGCAUCACCAAUGACGAACUUGGGCGCUGGGCUCCCUUUGGGGUGGGGGUCUGCCUGAGGUCCCAGCCCUUGAAGGAGCUCCCCCUGCCUGGGAGCUGAGGCCACCGCCAGCGGGAGACCUCAGAGUUGUUAGUCUAGGUAGGACCGCGCCCCUGUGCCCACAGCCCACCCCACAGACCUCUGUUCUUGCCUCCUCGGCUGAGUGUCCACCGUCAACUGGCCACACCCCUGAGCCCACAUCUCGGAGCCCGCAGGAGGGGCAGCUGCAGGCCCGGAGGUGGGGGGGAGCAGGAAGCAGGACCCAGGUGGGCGGAAAAGGCUGUGGGUCACUGGACCCCAGAGAUUCUCCUCCUUGGGUGGGAGGGUGGGCUUCUUGGUGUCCCUCAGAACAGGCCUGGGGAGCCCCAGUUCCGGGGGUCGCUAGGGGGCACGCAGACAGGGUUGCAGACGGAAGGAGCCACCUGCUUCUCUAGGCGCCUUGCCUUUGAGGCUGUGGGGAACGAUGUCCUCCCCCUCGGGGUAGGAGGGGAACUCCCAAGUCCGAGAACCCCAAAGUCAGGAUGUGGUCUGACCCCCCCCGGGCCCUAGUUCCCUGUUCGAUGGAGGCCCUCAUGACCACCUCCAGCCCACACUCCCAUUUAUCAGUGGCCGAAUCAGAGGGCGGAUGGCCUGCCCCUAACCCUGGGUCCCCAGGCUGCCGAGGCAGCCCCUCCCCUGCCCAGCACAGCCCAGGCCAGUCUCAGUUCUUACCACCCACGCCCGCUGGACCCUCAGAUGUGGAGGGAGGCGCACGCAGCCUCAUCUUCACACUGACACCCCUUCCCUCUGCACCCCAUCUUCAGGACCUUCCCGCCCACUGGGGCCUCCACCCACCCUUCUCCAGGGGACCCUUCUCUGGCCACAUCACCCCCAUCCCUUCCAUGCCCCCAGGCCGGAAGCAGUGGGAGGAAGUGGGAGGGGCCGGGCCUCGCUGCUCCCAGGACUGAAAGGAGGUCACUAUGCAGAACUGACUGUCGGGCUGGAAGGGCUGCAGGCACGCAGGCACGGGCUGUAUUCAAGCUGACUUCUCAUCUGGGCAAUAAAGCUAUUAGAACAGA